CAAAAAAAAAAAAAGAAUCAUUUUGAUUUUUUUUUUUUAUUAUUAUUUAAUAUAUUAGAUCUACUUCAAAAAAAAAAAAUGUCAAACAUGGAAAUUGCAAUGAGUUAUCCUGCCUCUAAAUUUGAGGCUGAUAACUCUUUAACCAACCCUUCUGUUUUAGAAAAAUAUUAUGCCUCAGCAGACAUUAUUAAUGGUAUUCUUUCUAUGGUUGUUAGUAAAGUUGCUGCUGGUAUCUCAGUUUGCGAUCUUUGCCAAUAUGGUGAUGAUCUUAUCAAUGCUCACACUAAAAGUAAAUACAAAUCUGCUGAAAGAGGUAUUGCUAUUCCUACUUGUGUUUCUGUCAAUAACCUUAUUCAAUACUUUUCCCCACUUGCUGAAAAUGAUUACAGCUUAAAACCUGGAGAUGUUGUUAAAAUUGAAAUGGGUGUUCAUAUUGAUGGUUAUAUUGCAACAGCUGCACAUACAACCGUUGUUUCAUUAAAUAAACAGCAACCAGUAACUGGUAAAGCUGCUGAUGUAAUUGCAGCUACUCAUUUUGCUUAUGAAGCUGCCGCUCGUAUGCUUCGUCCUGGUGUUAGAGCAUCCGAAAUCACUCGUGUUAUUACUGAAAUUGCUGCUUAUUUCCGCUGUCAACCUGUCGAAGGCACAUUCUCAUCUCCUAUGAAGCGAUUCGUUUUACGUGCUGGUAAAGAUAUUGAAAAUCGUUUUAUUGAAGAUUUACUCGUUCAAGAUUUGGAUAAAUAUGAUUUCGAAGUUGAAGCUAAUCAAGUAUAUCAGUUGAAUAUUGCUUUAACUACAGGCGAUGGUACAAUUAAGAACACCGAGUACAAGCCAUUUGUUUAUCAAAGAGACGUUAAUAAAUCAUAUCAACUCAAGAUGAAAUCAGCUCGUCAAGCAUAUACUGAAAUUAAUCAAGAGCAUACCGUUUUUCCUUUUGCUACACGUUCUUUAUCUAGUAACACAACUCGUCUUGGUGUAGCUUCUUUAUUGCAACAUGAGCUUAUUACUGCUUAUCCUGUUAUGCGUUCUAAACUUCCAUCUGAUCUUGUUGCUCAAUUUAAGGGAACAGUUCAUGUUACUGCUGAAGGUCCAGUUCGAUUUACUAAUCCUUUACAAUUACCUUAUGUUCAUUCCCAAUACUGCAUACCUGAAGGUACGACUGCUUUUGCUGUUUUGAGCACACCUGCUAUCAAAGAUAUUAGACAGUCUAAACCAUUACCUGCUGUUGAAGUUACUUUUGGUGAACGUCAUAUUGAGGUAAGAAUAACGAUAAAAACUAGUAAUAUAUAAUGUACUUAUAUAUAUCUAUAUACUUAUAGAAAGAAGAUGUUGAGAUGGAUAUGGAAUAAUUACAUAGACAGAAACAAAUUUAUUGCAUUUUAUCCCCCCUUUUUUUAUUAACAUGUAACUAGUAUAAUAUAUGUAUUAAUGAAUAGAAAUUCAGUUAAUUUAAAAAAAAAAAAAGGUUUAUUUUUUAAGAUAAUUAUACAUUUCUAGAAUAUGUCUACUCAAAUAUGUAAAAUAAGAAAUAUAUUUAAUUUUAAGCAUCAAGUUUAUAUAUUAUAAAUUUUAGUGGCAAAUUCAAUAUUAAGGAAAAGUAUUAUUAACUUCUUUUUUAUUUUUUUUUUUAUUUU